AUGGUCGUAGAAGGCUUUACGAGUAAUAUUGCAGCGUUACAGUUUGAAUGGGCAUGGCAACAUCCCGCGGCCACUCGACACCUUACGCCAGAAGUCCCGGACGAGAAAGCGCAGUCGAAGGCCAAAGAAGAUGUGAAAGAACAGGAUGCACUAGCAAAGACUCAGAAGAGGCCUAAAAGCCAGGCGAAGGUAAAAGGAAGUGAGAAGAAAGACGAUGAGAAGCCAAAAGGUGACGAGAAGAAAAAGGAAACGAAGAGAAAACCCCCAGCUCGCCGUACUCGGACUUCGUUGAAGGCUCAUCUGGAGGAUCUACAUCUCCUAUUACGAUCGACAUACUUCCGUGGCUGGCCUCUCACUCUACGAUUCUUCGCUGCUGAUGUCUCGCAGCAAUGGAGAGGUUGGUGUGACCACGUGGACGGGAGCAUACCGGGCCACAUCAGGAUGAUCGCCGAUGGCGAUUGUACGGACGUCUUCGCCAAUCGUGAUGACCGCAGUUUGACAGUUGGAAGCGUUCAGAACAUCAAAGCCAAUCAUACACCUCUCAAGGAUUACUUGGAGAAGGCGAUGUUUCUGUUAGACGACAUUGGUGGCUCAUAUUGCAAGAUAUGCAAAGCGCAAUACAAGGAUCACGAUUCGGUAGUGGUUUGCCCAAACGCUGGCUGUAGCAGCACUACCCAUAUAUUGUGCUUGUCGAACAAGUUCAUCGAUACGACGAAAGAGCCGGACCGCCUUGUGCCACUUGCUGGGAAGUGUCCUACUUGCGCUCAGACCAUUCAAUGGUCACUCAUGAUGAAAGAACUGAGCAUCCGGACCCGCGGCGGAGUGAUGAUGAUGCAAGAGAUGCUGAACAAAUGCGAAAGAAGGAACAAGAAGCUACAAAAGGAGGAAAAUACAACAGCAAAUGUCGAGGAUAUCGAAAAGACCGUGCAUAUUGCAGAUGAGUCUUCACAUGAAGACGGUUCUGAUACGGAUUCGCUGGACGACUACUGGGAUCGGAUUUUGCGCUCUGACUCGGAGUCUGGCGCCAACAACCAUCCACAGCAAGAUUCGAAGGCCUCAAAAAACGAAGUGAUCAUCAAUGAUAGCGAGUUCGAUGACGAAGAGCCGUUAUGUUGA